ACUCACACAAAUGGCAUCCCCCUUUGAAACAGACUCCGAAGCGCCCAUUGUUACGCUCACCGCCAAGAAGCAUUUCGAUGCUCUCGACUCCACCAACCAGCUCUACGCUCACCACUUGGCGAAGGCAUCAUUCUGGGGCACCAGAGCCGUUCUUCGGUCGGUUUCCCCAGAAAGUGAGGGUAUCUACGAUUUGAUCCUUCUAAUACAUAAAACCUUGGGCUCGCCUGUGUCGAACGACGAGUAUAUCGCCAAGCUUGGUGACAAGUCUGUGGCCGUGGCGUACUUGGAGUAUGCGUCUCAAUUCUUGUCGAAUUUGGGAAACUACAAGUCUUUUGGUGACAAGAAGUUUGUGCCUAACUUAUCGAAGCAACAGUUUGAUACUUUGGUCGAAACCGUCAGCAACGAUGCGGUUUCCGCGUUGUACAGUAAAGUUCGUGAUCCUUUGUAUGACACAGAUGCCGGUUUAUUGGGAUGGCCUGAACAAGGACAGUUGUCAAGCUAUUAUGUGGGGAAAAGCGUCAUCUCCAAACAAGAGGUGGAAGCGGUCAACGCCGCCAUCGCUAAGGCUGGUGUCAUGCCAGAGAAUACCCGGGUUGAGAAAACCGCUGAGGGUGACUUUGUGGUUCAUGUGGCUAGUGCUGACAGUGUCAAUAAUACUGGCUAUUACCCUGCGAAUCCUAUUCACACGGCCGAUGGACACCAAGUAACCUUCCAGUUUGGUGACCACAGCAGAGAAUUUACCAGGAUCGUGGAGCACAUGGCCAAAGCCAAGAAGUAUGCUGCCAAUGACACCCAGGCAAAAAUGUUGGAGUACUACAUUGAGGCUUUUAAGACAGGAUCGAUGAAUGCUCACAAGAAGUCGCAGAUUGAAUGGGUCAAGGAUAUCAAGCCUUUGGUGGAAUUGAACAUCGGGUUCAUCGAAACGUACAGAGACCCUUCAGGGGUUCGCGGAGAAUGGGAAGGAUUGGUGGCCAUGGUCAACAAAGAGCGGACUGCCACUUUUUCUGUAUUGGUUGACAAUGCUGCAAAACUCAUUGGCUACUUACCAUGGGAACCAUUUUUCGAAAAAGAUACGUUCAAUCCUCCUGACUUUACGUCUUUGGAGGUGUUGACGUUUGCCAACUCGGGUAUUCCUGCCGGUAUCAACAUUCCCAAUUACGAUGAUGUUAGAUUGAACUAUGGCUUCAAAAAUGUAUCUUUGGGAAAUGUGGUGUCUGCCAAUCCCAAGAAUCCCAGGAAAGAAGAAAUCGUUAGUUUCUUGGACGAAUCGUAUCAGGCCUUGUUCAAGCAAUGGAGAGACCAUGCCUGGGAAGUCCAGGUGGGAUUACACGAGUUAUUGGGACAUGGAAGUGGAAAGUUGUUGCAAGAAACGGCUGAAGGUGUGUUCAACUUCGACAAGUCAGACCCCAGAGCUACUGGCUACUAUGGACCUUCCGACUCGUGGGGGUCUGUUUUCGGACUCACUGCUGGGUCUUAUGAAGAAUGUCGUGCUGAAUUGGUGGCCCUUUACUUGAUGUUGAAGAAACCAGAAGAAGUUCUCCCGAUUUUCGGGGUCCCCAGCAAGCAAGACAUGUUCCUGGUGAUGGUCUGUGGUACCAUUUUCAUGGGCCGUGCAGGUUUAUUGGCAUUGGAGUUCUGGGAUCCUGCCACCAAGAUUUGGGGUCAAGCUCAUAUGAGAGCCCGAUUUGCCAUUUUGAAGUGCUUGAUGAAUGCCGGAGUAUGCUCGUUUGUCUACGACGAUGAAAAGCUGUACCUGGAUUUGGUGUUGAAGAUCGAUGAGUCCAAACUUGCUACCGAUGCAGUGGAUGCUUUAGGUGACUUUUUACUCAAACUACACACCUACAAGAGCACGGCAGACGUCAAGGAAGGGGUGGCAUUCUACAACGAAAUGACCGACGUGAGUGCUGAAUUCUCCAGGUUCAGAGACGUUGUUUUGAGUAAAAAAUUGCCCCGUAAACAGUUUAUUCAAGCAAACACCAUUGUUAGUGGAGACUCGGUUGAGGUCAAAGAGUACGAAGAGUCCGAAACCGGAAUGAUCCAGAGUUAUGUCGAACGAGAAACCUGAAAACGUUCAUACUCUUUUAUAGCCUCAAUAAACUGUCAAUUCCUCCUGAAGUCUCUGACUAACAUCCAUUUA